GGACGAACCACCACACGAAGUGGCGUCUGACUCAUAUGCAUGGUGCGUAGGUGGUUACAGCGGAACGCUCAUCCACUUAGAAGCUUCGCGUGUGAUUCGUUGGAGUUGCCGAUAAACUAUGUGGAUCAUCAUCUUGCUGGAGAGGAUAAGAGGUCCGUGGUUCAGGAGCUGUUAUGCGCCGCCUUGCAUCCCCUACCCGUAUACAAUGUCGAGCGUUCCAGCCGCAGAAGCUAUACUAUACGCGGGUGACUGGUUUGAUCAGAGCUGCGCGGAUGUGGUCGUCGCCACUGUUCUUGUCUAUGACUAUUUUCUCACCGUCGGUGAUGAGAUAGACCUGUUUUGGCGCCGAGGAGGUCAUCCUGUCUGCAAAGUUCUGUUCCUCUCUUUGCGGGUUGUCACCCUUGGAGUUGCGAUAACAACCGUCCUUGCUACCCAGGAAACACGGUACAAGCCGACUAUUAAGGAUUGUGCUGCGCAAAACGAUGCAUACAUGACAUUCAUGCUCAUGGCAGAUUUGAUCAUAGCAGUCGUAACCUGCCUCCGCGUGUACGCGGUUUCCGGUUUCCGGUGGACCUGGACAAUUCUCACGGCAGUAUUGGAGGUGGCUUACCUUGUCAUGAUCUCUAGCGUAAACCUGAUUGUUUCUUACCAGACCAUGGAAUUUCAAUCAUUAUGGACAUGCUGGCAGUCGGAAAACCUGUCUUCAGUUCAAGGCACAGCAGCGGCUUGGGCAAUGGUUGUCUGUGCCACGCUGUCUGACAUGACCGUCGUCGUAGCAACAUGGAUACGAGCCUUCCCAUACGUCCGACUUCAGUGGAAGAAUCGAAUGUGGGCUCCAUCUAUAACUUGGUUGUUGUUUAGGGACGGGACCAUCUACUUCCUUAUAGUCUUGCUUUUGAACAUUGGCAUUUGCAUCAGCUUUUGGUCUAGCAGCGUCGACUACAUCAUCGACCUGAAUGUACCACUCAAGCUAGUUCUGAUAUCUCGGUUGUUGAUCAAUCUGCGAGAGGCGCAAGAAGACGAUAUCUACAAGACGUCCUUCGGGUGGACUGGUAACAUAGCAGCUAGCAUCGGCUCAUCGCCUCUAGCAUUUGAACGUACGGACACCCUCAAUGAAGAGGAAACAACGGAAAGCGAGCAAGUUGGCGCUGGUCAUGGCAACACUGACUCGGAUGCGGAUGCCGCUCAAGCCCCUGGCUCCAGGACCGAGGCUGUCGACGCUUGACACUUCGUUGCGGAUCACUUCACACGGCGGACUUCCUUACAUCCUCGUACUCUUCGAACACAGCAAUCAUCGGUAUAGCCAUGAUCGAGCGGCGAAUGGAGGACUUCAACAGUCCUAUGACGACGGUGUAAUGUAGUAGAACAGUGACGAGCACGCCGUGAAGGGAUUACCGAGCGCUCGGGUAUGGGUGUACUACUAGCGCAUAGUGGCCUAUAGUGGCGUGCAACAGUCCGAGCUAGUACAUAGGUUUUCCCCGUGUCAGAUCGGAGCGAUCGGCCGUUCUGUAUGCAUACCAUGGGCUGCAGUGCUCGAACUCAGUGAAAAUAAUAGACUGCGGUCUCUCAUGUCGGCGAUGAGACGCUGCUCCAGGUGCUCCGAGUCGGCAGAGUAAGUAUUCGACGAAAAUCUUGACACCAGGCUCGCCAAGAAGCUCUGGCAAGACACCCGCAUGCCAUUCUCCACACGGAGCAGUUGAC